GGAGCAAUACAUCACUCACUCUAAGAAGAUCCACCCCUUUUUCUUUUUUCACCUAGAAAAGUGUUCUACAUUUGAUUUCUCAAAUACCCAAAAGCCUAUUUUGAGUCCAAACUUAUCAUUCUUGAACAAAAAUGCAAUUUUUAUGUGUUUUGUGUUUAUGGGUAUCAAAGUCUUGAAUAAAAAUGCAAUCUUUAUGUGUUUUGUGUUAAAGGGUAUCAAAGUUUUCUUCUUUUCUUUGGGAUUGAUCUGUAAAGAUUGAAUUUUCAGUUUUUUUGACUGAUGAAGAAAAUGGUGUGACUGAUUUUUGAGAGUUCUUGGCAUAUUUUUUUGUUUUUUUGGAUUUCUUUGAAGUGUUUAGUUUAGGAUUUUUAGUAAUGGAGUCAAGAAUGGAACAUUAUGAGGUAAUGGAACAGAUUGGGCGUGGAGCAUUUGGUGCUGCUAUUUUAGUUAAUCACAAGCAAGAAAGAAAGAAGUAUGUGCUCAAGAAGAUUCGAUUAGCUCGACAAACUGAACGUUGCAGGAGAUCUGCUCAUCAAGAGAUGGCACUGAUUGCUCGUCUUCAACAUCCAUAUAUUGUCGAGUUCAAGGAAGCAUGGGUAGAGAAGGGCUGCUAUGUUUGCAUUGACGGCUAUUGCGAAGGUGGUGAUAUGGCUGAACUGAUGAAAAAAGCAAAUGGGCAAUAUUUUCCAGAAGAGAAACUUCUGAAGUGGUUCACUCAAAUUUUGUUGGCAGUGGAAUAUCUGCAUUCAAACUUUGUACUACACCGGGACCUUAAAUGCUCAAACAUCUUUCUGACCAAGGAACACAACGUUCGCCUUGGGGAUUUUGGCCUUGCUAAAACGCUGACGGCUGAUGACUUGGCUUCUUCAGUAGUUGGAACUCCCAAUUACAUGUGCCCGGAACUUCUUACGGAUAUUCCAUACGGUUUUAAAUCAGAUAUUUGGUCCUUAGGCUGCUGUAUGUAUGAAAUGGCUGCUCACCGCCCUGCAUUUAAAGCAUUUGACAUGGCAGGACUGAUAAGCAAAAUAAACAGAUCAUGCAUUGGCCCAUUGCCACCUUGUUAUUCUCCGUCCUUAAAAACAGUUAUUAGAGGAAUGCUGAGGAAGAGCCCCGAGCAUCGACCUACUGCAUCGGAACUCCUGAAGCACCCAUAUUUGCAGCCUUAUGUGGAUCAGUAUCGACCAUCCUUUAGUCCUCCUCCAUUAAGUUCUCCUGAAAAACCUCUCACUGCUGGUCGUGACUCCGGAAAGAAUAUGGCAGACAGCCAAAGUAGUACCAGUUCAUGCAGUGAUAAAGAUAGUUUAAAGUCGAGCGAGAACUUGCAGGAAAUGACUUGCAAUGAUGACCAUAAAGGCACUAACACAAAUGUUGCCUUUGAUGAUCACGAAGACUUUGAGCAACAUUAUUCUAGUGAGGAACAUCAUGGGGCCGACGCAGAGGACUAUGACUCUAGGAACAUUUUGCAUGACGAGAAAAAAUGUGAUGCAGAAGCAAAGCAACCCACAACUAUAAAAAAUAUUAUGUUGGCUUUGAAAGAGGGAAAAACGAGGGAACAUAGUUCUCCCAUGAGAGGUGGCAAGACAAAGGUCAGUGGUACUGGUGCAAGCAAAGCUAACAUUGAAGCAUCACCGAAAGUCCUAAAACCAGGUUCACCUACUCCUACCUCGAAAUCUAAUGCACAUACACCACCUACUUUGAAGAAUCAGUUUCCUACCACUGAGUCCACCCCGAAGAAUAAACCAAGAAACGGGGGAAUCUCUCCCUCUGGCACUAUAAGACAAGUCGUGCCUGAUAGAUCACCUACAAGGCCCAGACAGAGAACACCACCUAAAUUUACAAAGCAACCGUCGUUUACUGGAAGGCUACAGCCAGUGUGUCAUGAUGCCUUGAAUUCUGCGAACGAUGAUGUAGAGUGUGGUCCAAAUGACAAGUCGCAUGACCCCGAAAGGAUUCUUAAUACUUUUCCUGAUGGCUAUCAUAUACAUGCCACAAAGAAAGGCCCCGAAAGGAUCCCUGGUUCUUCUCCUGGUGGUUGUCAAAUACAUGCCACAAAGAACAGCAUGCUGCAUUCUCGAAAGGUUUCAUCAGGAGCUUCUAAAGGAAUGCAAACAGAGAGCAGCAAUUCUGCUUCUUCUUCAGUGUCGAUCCAAGGAUUUGAACUUUGUGAUGAUUCAACAAAUCAUUUUUCUAACUUGGCCGAACAAAUGGUUGGAAGUCAUGAACAAGCUAGUGAAACUGAAACCAUAGGGUCAAGACCUUUGUGUUCAGUUACUUCAUCAUCACACUCAGAUAAUGCUUAUUGUUCUAGGGGAAACCAUGAAGAUAACCAGAUAUCUGAAGCAGGCUCCAUUGAAAAGCUUGAGGAGAAUCAUCAAAGUUUGGACGUUGGUACUUGCAAUGAGAGAUCAAAUUCGUACGUAGCUACGGAUACUGCGUCUCCACACUUGAUAGAGAUUGCUAUUUGUGAGGGUGAUUCCACAACAAGCAAGCCUGAUUCUACCACUGAUAUUUUGCAUCUGACUAACCCCAGUUUAGCAUCCUGCGGUAUUGACAAGUCUUUGGCAAAGUUGUCAUCCUCCACAACAAGUGUCUCUCCCACUAAUCCACUCGUUUCCUCAAGCCAAAGCAAUCUGCUCCACUCUAACCUUACUUCAAAAGCCAAUGGUGAUGACAAGUUCUUGACCAAGGAACUCUUUCCCUCGACAACUGAAAGUGCCUCCCCUUCCACCCCUCCUAUUUCAGCCAGCCAAAAUAAUUUUUUGGCAGACAAGGUAAGUGUUCCACAGAAUGUGAUUCUUGAAAAAGCGGCUUCUUCUCAGCUCAAACCAGCUUUUGACGAUAUCAUACAUGUCAUAAGGCACAGUAGUUUCCGAGUGGGUAUUGAGCAACCAGUGAUUGACACUGUGGAGAGAAAUGUUGAUGUUGGAAAACGUAUGAAUGUGGUAAGAGAUGAGCUUGAUAGAAAUCUAGCUUCUCCUAUUGCUCCCAAAUCGUCUACUUCUGGAUCGGUGGGUGUUAUAUCCAAUAUAUCCGAUUGUGUCCAUAAUAAGGAAAUGGAUGUAAGAAACCAGGGCAGUCCCACCUCUUCACGUCCAAGAUUAGAUUCUUCGGAAACAACAAAGACCAAUGCAACACUUGUGGAGGACGAACGACCAGUAAAGGAAAUAUUAGAUGUCAAAUCUUUUAGACAGAGAGCAGAGGCACUUGAAGGGCUGUUGGAAUUAUCGGCUGACUUGCUGGAGAAUAACAGAUUAGAAGAGCUCUCUGUUGUUCUUAAACCAUUCGGUAAGGACAAGGUGUCGCCAAGGGAGACAGCUAUCUGGCUGGCUAAGAGUCUGAAAGGAAUGAUGCUCGAUGAUUCUGCAAGAAAUUCAUGAUCCAUUUCACUAGUGUUUCUCUACUCUUCAACUUCCAAUUGAGUUCUCCAAAGGAAACAGUUAAAUAGGUUCUUUGACUAUCCUUUUGCCCUUUAGUAUUUUAGCAAUUUUUUCUUUCCAGUAACUGUAAAUAGAGAGCACACAGAUUUGAACGAUUUUUUAUUCCGCAAAAUGUAACAAUGCCUCCUUACAUUACCUUUUGCUUACUGUUAUCGCGAUUUUGAUAUGUUGUACUCUGCUGUUUUUCCAAUGCAUAAACUUUGGAG